AUGAUAGUUGAUAACUGUUCUAUGCAACUUGUGUCCAAGCCACAACAAUUUGACGUUAUGGUAAUGCCUAAUUUGUAUGGAGCAAUCGUAAGCAACAUCGGUGCGGCAUUGGUUGGUGGACCGGGAGUUGUUCCAGGUGCAAAUAUAGGUAAAGAAUAUGCAUUAUUUGAGCCGGGUGCACGUCAUGUCGGUAGAGAUAUUCAAGGAGAUAAUAAAGCCAACCCAACAGCAUUUAUUCUUUCAGGAGUAUUGUUGUUAAGACAUUUAGGACUUGAUGAUGAUGCUAAUAGAAUUUAUAAUGCAGUAAUUAAAGCAAUACUACAUGGAUCGGUAUGA